GUGUGUGCGGUGUGUGUGUGUGGGGUUGAGCCAGGUUUAACCAGCACAUCCACACCCCACCCCAGGACAAUGGGGGGUGAGCACUGAGCCAGGCAGCUGAGAGGAGUGUGGAUGCCCCUGUGAGAUCAGGCAUAGCAAAGGGCUUCCUGCCAUGUGCCUCAGUUUUCUCAUCUGCAUGAUGGGGAGAAUGCUACGGACCUCCUUGUCAAGUGCAUGGAGAUCUGCGAAUCUGAAGGGUGUUAUAAGAGCAAGUUGUUGUGAUUUCCAGCCCGAGACGUGCUCCUCUCUCCUUAUCUCUUCCGCAGACCGUGUGUGUUCCAGGCACUUGGCGCUAGAGACGUUUCACAAUGGGUGAACGGAAAGGGGUGAAUAAGUAUUACCCCCCUGACUUCGAUCCGGCGAAGCACGUCUCCCUCAAUAAAUACCGGAACAGCCACCCGCUGCGCGAGAGAGCCCGCAAGCUCUCCCAGGGCAUUCUGAUCAUCAGGUUUGAGAUGCCCUACAACAUCUGGUGUGAUGGCUGCAAGAACCACAUUGGAAUGGGGGUCCGGUACAACGCCAAGAAGAAGAAAGUUGGGAAUUACUACACCACCCCCAUCUACAGGUUCCGGAUGAAGUGCCACUUGUGCGUCAAUUACAUCGAGAUGCAGACGGACCCGGCCAACUGCGACUACGUCAUCGUGAGCGGGGCCCAGCGCAAGGAGGAGCGCUGGGACAUGCAGGACAACGAGCAGAUCCUGACGACAGAACACGAGGAGAAGAAGAAGCUCGAGACGGACGCCAUGUACCGGCUGGAGCACGGCACAGCAGACCAGGGCAAGCUGCGGCGAGCCAUCCCCACCUUGUCCCACAUCCAGGAGGCCCAGAGCGCCUGGAAGGAUGACUUUGCGAUCAACAGCAUGCUGCGCAGGAAGUUCCGGGAGGAGAAGAAGGUUCUGCAGGAGGAGGAGGAGAAGGACCUGGCUCUGCAGACCAAGGCCAACCUGAGCAUCCCUCUGGUGCAGGAGACGGAGGAGGAGCAGCAGCUGGCCGCGCUGCUCAAGUACCACAGCCUGGACUCUUACGAGGACAAACAAAAGCUGAAGCGAACGGAGAUCUCCGGCCGCUCCUGGUUCCCCCCUGCUCCGGCUGCAGCCGGCAAAGCCACCGACACGCUGAAGAAGCUGGGGCUCGCUGGGAAAGCCCUGUCCCCCAAGGGGCCCGCUGGCGGCUCACCCAUCACAAGCGGCCGUUUGGGCAUCGUGCGCCGCAGAUCCCGGGAGGGGCCGGAGAGCGUGGCACACGGGACGCACACGGGCCGGCCGAGCUGCGACGGCACGGCCCAGCCCAGCUCCCCCGCGGCCAUCGGCGACUCCCUCCCCGCCGUGGGCACCGCCAGCGCCACCACCCUCAGCUCCUCCCUCGUGGCAGACUAUUCAGACUCCAGCUCGGAUUCUGACAAGGACUGAGCCCCCUCGGCUGGGGCAGGACCUAGGGGGGCUGCGUUGUUUCAAAGACUCUAAGCCAGCGACCCAGCAAGGACUCUGGCUCCUCCAAGCCUCAGUAGCGAGCCUGCUUUCUUGGACGCCCCAUGUCGCUGCUGCUGCCGCCCUCCCUGGUGUGACCCCGGAAAGGCAGCGCCCCCUGCCUGUUCCCUGUGUGUGUGAGAUUCCUCCCCCCGCCAGAUCGCAGGCAGCCUUCUCGGUGCCCCCCACCCCAGUCUGGAUUCACAUCUGCCCCUCCGGUAUUGAAACAGUGCAACUCAUCUGUGCACCCUGCCCCUCUCUCUGCUCUGAUACUCCACUGCACGGAUUAAAAGCAGGACUUCUUUUGAGGCUGUUCUCCAUCAAGCCCUGGGCUCCAUUCAUUCACCGUCUGGGUUGC